CCAUGCCCAAAUAAAGAACCGACUGGAUUUAUGCUUCGUGUAUCUGGAAGCCCUGAUUCUGCUUCCCGUGGCCUCGCCGGCGUAGGUAUAGCAUUGAGUCCUAGGGCAGAACUAGCUCUCUUAGAGUGGAUCCCAGUAGACAGUCGUUUGUGCGCAAUGAGAUUAACCGAGGUCUUAGAUAGAAUUUGGGAACUGGACGUAAUCCCAUCUGACUGGUCUCAAUCACUGAUUGUGUCAGUCUAUAAGAAAGGACAAAAGUCCUCUUGUGACAAUCACAGAGGAAUCAGUUUGACUAAUAUAGUGUCUAAAAUAUUAACUUCAAUAAUACUUCGACGCCUAAUCAAAGCUCGUGAAGAGCAGACUAGAGAAAAUCAGGCUGGUUUUCGAUCUGGACGUGGUUGUAUAGAUCAGAUAUUCACACUACGUCAGGUUCUAGAACACAGACACACAUUCAGACGCCACACAAUAGUAGUAUUUCUCGUUCUUAAGGCGGCAUCCGACUCUGUUGGUCGUGAGGUUCUAUGGCAGUGUUUGUCACUGAAAGGAGUACCAAAGAAGUACAUUAACCUUAUAAAGGCUCUCUACUCGAACACAACUGGUAGAGUGAGAGCUUAUGGCGAACUGUCAUCAGAAUUGAUUACCUCAAGUGGUGUUCGUCAGGACUGUCCACUCUCCAUUCUUGUUCAACUUUGUGGUCGACGUACUUUUAGAGUAAGCGACCCUGUCUGACUC